AAAGCAAAGCUUCCAACUUUUUGAAAAGCCUAAAUUCCUAAGCAUUAAUGGGAUUUCAAUUUCUUGAUCGUCGCCUCAAUCUUCUCUUGUCUCCCCUUACUCUUUUCUUUUAGGGUUCCACUUUAUUUAAUAGCUCAGUUCCAUUUCUUUAUUAUUAUUAUUAUUAUUAUUAUUAUUAUUAUUAUUUUAGAAUUCAAUAGGAUUCUCUAGAAACCGGAUCAGUGGAUGCAUUUUAAUGAAUGUAUUUCUUGGAUAUUUUGGUGUUGGUUCAACAAGUUGAAGUCAAAAGAUAAGUUGAAGUCUUCAAAAAAGAAAGAAGCUGCAGGUAACGCAAAAGAGGGGUCUAAACCACCGGCAGGGGAAGAGGUACCAUCAAAUGUCACCAAACAGCGGGUAGAAGCUGCAAAGCAGUAUAUUGAAAACCAUUACAAGAAGCAGAUGAAAAGCCUGCAGGAAAGAAAGGAGCGACGAGAUAUUCUGGAAAAGAAGUUGGCUGAUGCUGAAGUCUCGGAAGAAGAACACAAUAACUUACUCAAGUAUUUCGAGAAGAAGGAGACAGAAUACAUGCGGCUUCAGAGGCAUAAGAUGGGUGCUGAUGAUUUUGAGCCAUUGACCAUGAUUGGAAAGGGUGCUUUUGGAGAGGUUAGAAUCUGUAGGGAGAAGGCAACUGGUCAUGUUUAUGCUAUGAAGAAGCUUAAGAAGUCAGAGAUGCUUCGUAGAGGCCAGGUUGAACAUGUGAAAGCUGAGAGAAAUCUACUUGCAGAAGUUGAUAGUAAUUGCAUUGUCAAACUAUAUUGCUCCUUCCAAGAUGAAGAGUAUCUGUAUCUCAUUAUGGAAUAUUUACCUGGGGGAGAUAUGAUGACUUUACUGAUGCGGAAGGAUACACUAACCGAAGAUGAGGCCAGAUUUUAUGUUGGAGAAACUGUCCUGGCAAUCGAAUCUAUCCACAAACAUAAUUAUAUUCAUAGAGACAUCAAGCCUGACAACCUGCUGCUCGAUAGAAAUGGUCAUAUGAAAUUAUCGGAUUUUGGAUUAUGUAAACCUUUAGAUUGCAGUAAUCUCCAAGAAAAGGAUUUUUCUACGGCCAACAAUCUCAGUGGGGCUCUUCUAAGUGAUGGACGACCUGCUGCACCACAACGCACACAACAAGAGCAGUUGCAGCACUGGCAGAGGAACAGAAGGAUGCUUGCUUAUUCUACAGUUGGUACACCUGACUACAUUGCUCCUGAGGUUCUGCUGAAGAAAGGAUAUGGAAUGGAAUGUGAUUGGUGGUCGCUCGGUGCCAUCAUGUAUGAAAUGCUUGUUGGAUAUCCACCCUUUUAUUCUGAUGAGCCAAUGUCAACCUGUCGGAAGAUAGUAAAUUGGAGAACACACUUAAAAUUUCCAGAAGAAGCAAAACUAUCCCCAGAAGCAAAAGAUCUUAUAAGUAAACUUCUAUGUAAUGUUGAACAGAGACUUGGCACAAAAGGCGCCCAUGAAAUUAAGAUUCACCCAUGGUUUAAGGGUAUUGAAUGGGACAAGUUAUAUCAAAUGAAAGCUGCAUUUAUUCCUGAAGUCAAUGAUGAGUUGGAUACUCAAAAUUUCGAGAAGUUUGAAGAGGUUGACAACCAAAUUCCAUCUGCAGCAAAAUCAGGUCCAUGGAGAAAGAUGCUUUCAUCCAAAGAUAUAAACUUUAUGGGUUAUACAUACAAGAAUGUCGAAAUUGUAAAUGAUAAUCAGUUACCCGGCAUCGCUGAAUUGAAGAAGAAGAGCUCAAAACCCAAGAGACCUUCCAUCAAAUCCCUUUUUGAGGAUGAGGCGGCGGCAGCUGCCAAUCAACCAGUUCAAGGGAGCUUCUUGAACCUCUUGCCUACGCAAAUAUAAGCCCCCGAGGCUGAGAAUCAUUCGAGAAAAUAAACUCGAUAUCCAAAAGGUAGAAUCUUACCUGUAUGGUAAGAAAAUGAAAGUGGUUUGAAAUUUGAUCAUAUUGACUCAGGUAGGAAAUUUGUUCUUUUGUAAAAUAAUAUCUGGAAAAGUAAAUAUUCUUUUCAUAUUUGUUUGUGUAAUUAUUCUUUUUUCUGUUUUUGGUUAUUUCAAUCGAUACCCCAAUUUUUUUUC